UUUUAUAUAAAGACAUUCAUGUAAAAAUGUAUGCUGAAAAUUGGGCAAAUAUAAUAAUCGUAUUUGGUCAUUUUUUUAGACAUUAGAAUGGCUGUAUACCUCAGAAAAGGACUUGAGAUUCCAGAGCCAUCAGACUACAGCAGCAGUGAAGAUGAUGACAUGACUUAUUUUACAGAUCUGUAUGAGCACGAGCAUAAGCUAUCCGAGUCUGUCAGGGUGAUCAAUAAGAUAUUGAACAGUCUAGUUGACAGGGCAUGGGAAGAUAUAUCAAAGCAGGACAAGAUCAGAGAGGAGGCAGAGGCAACAAUAAAGGUUCCUGUGCUAAGUCCUAGUAAAGAAUAUACGCUUCCAGGUAGAACUAAUGCUAUUGUGUGCUCUGAUGAUGGACUUUACUUGUUUCUGGGUCACGCUCAUGGUCUGUCAGUGAUCAGUACUUCCACUCUCACAUGUGUAAGAACAUGGACGGAUGAAAGAGUGGAGCUUACCAGCAUCUCUUGUGCCUCUUUGGAAAAUUGCACCCACCUCCUAUGCACAGUGGAUGACAUGGGUAUUGCACGUCUGUUUGUUCAUCGCACAGAGAAUAUUUAUUUUAUUAAAGUCCUCAAUGAAACUGAUGAUAUAAACCAAAGACACAUCUGUACAAAAUUUGAAGUUUCUAAACGUGGAGACUUCGGAGCUGCAGUCAUGACCUCAAGUGGAUCUGUUUGGUUGGAUGUUUAUCGGUUCCCAAAAGAAUUGUGGCUAAAAGAGCUGGAAAUCAAACAGACCACACACACCCAUACACCCACAGAGGUCAAACUGUCUCCCAUAGUCUUACUUAUGAAGAUUAAACCUCCAGAAAUCCCUGCAGGAACCUCCUUGAAAAGUCCAUUUGAAGUUCUGCAGAAAACAGGAGAUGGCACCAUAAUAGGCUCAGGCCAAAAUCACAUGAUUAGCAGUUUCCAAUGGGAAAACCAAGAAGUGGCAUUUCAGAAAAUGUUUGCAAAGUACCUUAGUACCUACCCAAUGACACAAUCACAGCAGAAACCAGAUGGGCCCAGCAACUGCACGUUUCACUUUUUGCUGCAUGAGGGGCUUUGCCCAUUGCCGGGGGGAGCAAAGUCAACUAGAGAUUUUCCCAUUGUCUUAUGUCUGUGGUGGAGUGGCAGUAAUAAUCUCUUACAGUAUCUUCUGGUAAAGACUGCAAAAGAAAAAACAGAUGUUGAACCUAGGCCAGAUAUUUUGUGGCCAAAUUCUCAGGAAAUCCUCUGCUCUGCUGUCAGUGCCUGUACAAGGUUCAUUGUUCUGGGGCUUGUCAGUCAGCUGGUAACCGUAUGGGAUCGAAGAUUUGUGUGUCCAUAUGCCAAUAUUGUAAUCCCUGGAGACAGUCCAUUAUGCAGGCUGAAGCUCAUUUUGCGGAAUCCUGAGCAACUGCAAGUCGCUCCUCUUCAUCUAGGCCCCUUUUUACCCAAACUACAGUUCCUGGUCAUGUGCAGAAGUGGGGCAUGCUACAGUGUGACAACAAGACAUGGAGGACACUCACAAAUUGUUGAAUUUAUUAAGAGACCUGGAGAUCCUGCCAGUUUUGCCACUGUUGUUGAACCUGUGCCCUUCCUAAAGUCUCUGGCUUUGCUGAUGCAAAGAAAUGGGCAGGUAUCUGUAUGGGAAAUGGAUGAUGCAGCACCCGUGUUCCUCAUAAACCUGCCUCAGACCCAUUUGCUGGGUCCAGUCUGGGAACCUGUGCAUGUGCUGGAUCCAGUCCAACAAAAUCUGUAUAUUAGAGGUGACAGAAAAACAUCCUUGGAAGCGGUGAUGGAUAAAGAAGUGGGUGACGGUACUCUUUUCCUCUAUAGCUUUUCACAAUGCUCAGUUUUGGAUCUGUAUCGGAUUCCAUUGCCAGCUGCCAUAGAGAAAGAGACAAGAGACACACUGUCAGGUUUGGAGGAGGCCUGCAACCUUUACAUUCAGGAGAGAUUUGACUCUUUGGAAGAGAGGAACAGGAAUUUUGCUAUCCAAUGGGAACAGCUUCAGAAGCGUGUUUUUGAAUGAACUUUCACACAGUGUGACACAGAGAAUGCAUUUUUACUUCUGUAUUUAUGUGAAUCAAUUGCAUUGAAAUGUUGAUACCAUAUUGCAUUUUGAGUCUUAUUCUGCACUUGUGACUCUCUAUAGUUUGAGUCUUUGUUAGAAAUCAUGAAUUAUAAGGUAUACGGCUUCAGCCCGCACCAAGCUUGUGCUCUCAUCACACAAAAGAAUGACUUGUUUGACAAUUGAUUUUUAUUGCAGCAUUCUCAUCAUUAUAAUUUUCAUUAUAUUUAACACAAUUUGACAGUCGGUAGUUGUUCAUGAAACAUGAUCAUGGCUAAUUAUUAUACUCAAUGUCAACACAGUUUUAUUGGUUGUAUCGCUCUUAUUCAUUUCAUAUGACAGCCUAUAGGCAUUGGUCUUCAACAUAAGGUCUUUUAACCGCAACACAGGCUAAAUUUGGGCUGCAGUGUUUAUCAAUGUAGCCAGAUUUCUCAUCCUCCGGUUUCUAAAAAAUGUGUUUAUUUACUUAUUUCUAGUCACAUUUUGUAUGCGUACAGAUGAGAGAUGAUUUGUGUUAAGUUGUGUUUAUGAAAUUCGCAAUGAUUAUGAGUCACAGCCUAUUCGCAUUGAAUUUAAUGGUCUCUGCCAAGCCCCUACAGAAUUCAAUUUCCAAUUCAUUUGUUGUCAUUUCAACUCCUGACCAUGAGACUUGGAUACUUAAGUAUUAAAAUACUUGACAAUACUUAAAAAUAUUUUAAAAUAAUGACUCUAUAUAAAUAUAUUUGAAAGAGUUAAGUGCCUACAUGUAUAACAGGAAUUUUUCACAAGCAUUUGCUAUUUUACACUAUGUAUAUUCCUUUAUGUGUUUAUCCAAAUCGUUCUUUAUUCACCCCUAUCAUCUCUAAUUCAAUCUACAUGCUCUCCGUCUAAUUCAAGCUUUUCUUUAGAAGUGUGCUGAACUGUCAGUCUUUUUAAGGUGAUAGAGGAGGCGGAGCAUCUGAGGGAAGUCAUCAUAGAGUUAUUAGUGUUCUCCAGCUCAAAUGUUACCAUGUUACUGUCAUGCCGCCGCUGCCUCAUGCCCCUGCACAGUGGAAUGGUGAAAAGACCAUAGAUGAUGGGGUCCAAACAAGCAUUUAACAGGCCAAAGACAAAGAGCAUGUGUGAGAGGGAGUGAGACACGGUUUCCUCCAAACCCGCAGGAUAGAACCAGUACCAUAGACCAAGCAAGUAGUAUGGUGUCCAGCACACCAUGAAUGACAGGACAAUGACCACACUCAUCUUCAGUGUACGCAUACGUGCCUUAGGGAUGUUGUUCUUUGACCUGCGCAGCUGGACUCUAUUGGAUAGCACUAAAUGUGAGAAAGAUCACAAAAAGCAGCAAGAUGUUAAGCUGAUUGACAGUUUAUAAUAAGGUUACUUAUUCCACAUCAAAGUUAA